AUGGUCAAGGACAUGAAGUUUAAGGAGAGUGAGCAAGUCUUGCUGAAGGUUUCACCCAUGAAGGGUGUGAUGCGGUUGGAUAAGCGAGGUAAGCUUAGGCCGAGGUAUAUUGGCCCAUUUGAAGUUCUUAGGCGUGUAGGGGAGGUGGCCUAUGAAUUGGCCUUGACUCAAGGGUUGUCAGGAAUGCACCCGGUAUUUCAUGUGUCUAUGCUGAAAAAAUAUCAUGGUGAUGGAAACUACAUCAUUCGUUGGCAUUCAGUCCUGCUUGAUGAGAAUCUGUUUUAUGAGGAGGAGCAUGUAGCUAUUCUAGAUAGGGAGGUCCGCAAGUUGAGAUCAAAGGAGAUUGCAUCUAUCAAGGUUCAGUGGAAGAAUCGAUCGGUUGUAGUGAGGCAUAUAUGGAUGAAAUAUAUUCGCACCUUUUUAUCGAUUCAGAUAUGGCUAGAACAAGCUUGGAUGAUAGUGGCAUGCCACCACGAAAGAGGGCACGAGGAAUCAUGA